AAUCAUAUGACAAGUGGUUAAUAAAAGCUGAAUAAUAUGAGAUAUCAUUUAAAAUUUGCGAUAAAAAGAUACUUUAAUUUGUGACGUAACACAUUUAUAAUCUAUUCAGUGCUAUUUUUCUCUCUAAAUAACUCUUUAGGAUACCACUAAUUGAAAUUUAUUUCAGUGUGAUAAUCCACAGAAUGAAGACUGCACUAUUAAUGAUCGUACUGGGUUUAUGCCUAGCUGAUGAUGAGAUAAGCAAUACACGAUUUCCUGAUGAAUUCAUGUUUGGUGUAUCAACCUCUGCUUAUCAAAUAGAAGGUGCAUGGAAUGAAGAUGAUAAAUCCGAAAGUAUAUGGGAUCAUAUGGUACACACCAAUCCUGAUUUUAUAGCAGAUCGCACAAGCGGUGAUGUAGCUUGCGACUCCUAUCAUAAAUUUGAUGAAGACUUGGCUAUUUUGAAAGAGACUGGAGUGAACCAUUAUAGGUUUUCUCUAUCCUGGACUAGAAUAUUACCGACAGGUUAUCCAGACAAUAUUAACGUCGCUGCAGUCAAAUAUUACAAAAAUGUGAUCAAUAAGCUGAAGGAAAAUGGGAUUGAACCAGUUGUUACUAUUUAUCAUUGGGACUUACCCCAAAAUUUUCAAGAUUUACAGGGAUUUGUCAAUGAUUCUAUUAGUGAUUGGUUCGCUGAAUAUGCAAGAGUUUGCUUUUCUAUGUUUGGUGACGACGUUAAGUACUGGAUAACGAUAAAUGAGCCUCAGCAAGUUUGCACAGGUGGAUAUGGUUACGGAUAUUUCCCACCAACUAUUAAAUCUGAAGCUCUUCUGGAAUACCAAUGUGUCCAUAAUCUACUGAAAGCUCAUGCGAAAGCUUGGCACAUAUAUGACGACGAAUUCAGAUCUAAGCAAAACGGUAAAGUAGCUAUAACGUUGGACACUUCUGCUUACUUACCUGCUUCCGACAGUGAUGAAGAUAAAGAGGCAGCUGAAAGGAUUCAACAGUUCACGAUUGGUAUAUAUGCGAAUCCAAUUUUUAAUGGUGAUUGGCCAGAGGUUGUCAAGACACGAGUUGCUCAGCGCAGCAGUGCUGAAGGAAGGAGUCAAUCACGAUUAAUUGAGUUCACACAGGAGGAAAUCGAUUUUAUCAAAGGCACUCAUGAUUUCUUUGGAUUGAAUGUGUAUACAGGUUAUUUAGUGGAAUCUUUAGGAUACGAUCCUCCAGUUUCUGAACCGCCAAGUAAGUGGCAAGAUCAGGCAGUAAACACGUACCAACCAUCCACGUGGGAGACUACUUCAACGCAGUACACAAAGGUUGUACCAUGGUCUGUUAGGCCAUUGCUCAAUUGGAUUAAAAAUCAUUAUGAUAGUCCCAAAAUAAUGAUAACAGAAAAUGGGUAUCCCAGUUCCGGAAACGACAAGGACGAUAGAAGAAUAUAUUAUAUAAAAGGAUAUUUGAGUAAUAUUCGAGACGCAAUGGAACAAGAUGGAGUAGAUGUAUUUGGUUACACUGUUUGGAGCAUUAUGGAUAAUUUUGAAUGGGCUUCAGGUUAUACGCAAAAGUUUGGACUGUAUGAAGUAGAUUUUAAUAGUGAAAACAGAACAAGAAGAGCCAGAGGAUCAGCAAGUUUUUAUAAAAAAGUAAUUGAAACUAGAUGCCUUGUAGAUAAUUGUAUUUAGUGAUAACAUUUGGUCAUAAACUGAUUCCAUUUAAAUAAAAUUACAUACCAGAA